GAUGGCAUUUAGAGCGCACCAUUUGUUGUGAUCAGUCAUUUGCUGUCAGUUUGACUGCUAACCGACCCCCUCACAUACGCCCACUAAUUGACGUAGUAAAGUUACUUAACAAUGAUGGCAAUGGGAAUAGUUCUCUUUUGUAUAAUUUCUGCAUUCUGGACAGGAAAUGCAGAAGUUGUCCCGGACUUUAAAAACUGCAAUGAGUUCUUUUACAGCAAACAAGAGCCCAGUGGCUUUAUUCCACGUAAUGGUGAUGGGCGAUAUAAAAGGAUCUGCCAGACCUUACACAAUAAGAGGUACUUUGCCACCCUUUACGAUACUAAGUAUCGUAUCCCAGUGUAUUCUGCUUAUUUACCGGACAAGCCGGAUGGAAACAAGAGGCCACCAAGACCGAACUCAAGAGACUGGUUCUAUGAACCGGAGUUUUCUAAUGGAAGUCAUGAACCAAAUAUGAUGCAAAAAAAGGAUAUCCGCCCAGAAGACAUGCAAAAUAUUAUAAAGAACCAAGCAGUAGAUGAAGAUUAUAAGAAUAGUAAUUACACAAGGGGCCACCUAAGUCCGUAUUGCCAUCGUAAUGCUGACUCCUGCAUGUCAACCUUUACCUUCACAAACAUGGCACCUCAGGUACCUUCGUUUAAUAAUGGUAACUGGUGCAAAUAUGAAGAAUAUUUAAAUAAAACAAUCCUUCCCAGUUGUGCUGUUCUGUUUGUCGUGACAGGUGUGAUUCCAUCCAAAGAUAAUUUUAUUAAACGUCGGGUCAACAUCCCCUCUCAUUUCUGGAGUGCAUACUACUGUCAGAAUUCAUCAAUGAAACGUUGUUCUGAUGCUUUUAUUGGACGCAACACUAAUGACACCAAUGAAGUGAAAACAGUAACUCUUAAUGAGCUACAGGAUAAACUAAAGGUACAUUUUGAAGGAAGAGAAAUACGCAUCUUUCCAGCUUUAGAUAAUACUAUUCUUCACUGUACAACUUUAUAUGAUACAUUCAUGAGAGCAUGCAGAACGAUCUACGACACAGUCUAUGAAGUUUACAGAUGGACACAAGAAUCCAUGGCUCAGCAGAUAGCUCCUCUACCAAUGAUACCAGAACAUCAGAUGUACAUUUAUUCCAUGCACAAGUGAGGCAUUUUUUCAUUAUUAUAAUACAAUCACCAUGCUGCAUCAGAAAUCAGUUCUGUUGUGCUCAUGAGGUGCCACUCUUCUGCCAAAUUGGGCCAAACCUGCAUAAUGUAGGGAUGUUUCAGGUGGCAAUUGGAUAGGUAUACCUGAGUACUUGUACAGAUAUAAAUAAAGAAAUAAACAGAUCUGAAGAACAGACUGCAUUAAAUGUAUCCAUACUGAAAAACCUUACAGUAGAAAUGAAUUAUUAUAUUCAGAGAAAACAUAAUAUGUAACUUCAUUUGUUUCCCUUUCAUACCACCUUUAAAGACAAUAUGACACCCCCAUGUCCCCUAUUUGUCAAAACUAUUGUUUUUAAAUCUGCCACACAUAUAGGCAUCUUUUCCUCCCUCUGGACGAUUUAAUCAGAGCAGAAGUUGUCAUAUAUUCUUCCUUCUGCCCAAGAUUUGUGCAACUUUUUCCCAAAUGUAAUUGUAGCUAACUGGCUCUGACCUUUCCAAUCCCAGCUCAUUUUAUAAUGGGAUGGGGAUGAUCAGGGAAUGUUUAAACUAAAAGGAGACAAUUGUAGUGGUCAAGUAAAGAUUAAAAAUUUAUGCAAAGGAUUUGGCCAGUAAACAGGCAACAAUGAGAGAGCAGGAGGGUUGAAUGCUGCAUUGCUUAGAUUUAGCUUUCAUAACUAGGUUUUCAAAGAGUUCCCGUACUCUUCCUGGGGUCACCACUUUAAAACAAAAUUGGGAUGAAGCUUUGCAAAGAGGGAAGGGCUGGGUUGGUCUUUGCGUGGUAGAUCUGACAGAGUUAUUGCUAGGUGAUGCUGUGGGGAAUGUGGAAUACUAAUACAAUACUUUCUUUUCUUUUGAAUCAUGCAGACAAGAGGUAUCCAUAGUGAUAAUGAUUUACUGGACAUUUUACAAUCAAAAUAUGGUGAAUCAUUUAAUACUCUCCAGGAAUAUUUCGAUUGUGAUGCAAUCACAGUUAGCUUUGUUUUUCAGUGAUAAGUUUUUGUCUUUGAUUUUAUUUUGCAUUUUGUCCUGCGGAUGAGGAAUUCUUUAUGGUGAAUGAAGUUGCUCAUUCCCAUCUCUCAAGAAGAGAUUUUAAACUCAAACCAAUGCAGGGCUUAUAAUAAAAUAAUUAAAGUAUUUUAAGUUACAAACACAGCACAGUGAGAUAAACAGCCUUCACAAAUAUCAAAUUAAGUAACACAGAUAUUACUAUACAUUAUUUCCCUUAACCUAUAUUAUUCAACUAAAUAUAUGUGUUUUACAAACAAGGUAUUAGAAUAAAGUUGGAAAAUAAAUAUGCAUGUAUUAGACUAUGUAUAAUGUACAAUGUUCAGAUCUGAGUCAUAGGACCAUGACUGCAGGAGUCUUCCAUUUGUUAACCUUAUCAUAGGACAAGGCAAUGUUUCAGUAAUGGUGGAAGGAAAAACAUUUCAGAUGAAAAUUGAGGAGGGUGUAUAUAAAAUACUUUGAAAUUCAUGCAGAAGCAAGAAGCUAGUCAGUAGAUUGUCAUGUUAAUUUAACUGCAUGUCCCUUAGAUGGAUGAAUGGCUGGAUAGAAUAAGUAAGGUUUGCAAGUGAUGAUGCAACAUACUGACACUUGGAUCAGAACUGAGGAGAGGGUGUUAACAGCAAAUGAGCAAUGAAUGGCUCAUGAAGUGCCCUUGUAAUGGGUUAGUGCAGCAAACCAAGGCAUGCGGUUACAUAACACUGCCUGCAGCAUGAGAUUCUAGGAGGAUACUGCUCCAAUAUAUUACUCACUGGUAAAUUAGACCUGCAGAGUUACAUCAAAUCCUCAAGUAUGCACAUUAAAAUGUACACAGCUAUGGUAGCAACCCUCGACUAGAGUAUACAGGAUAUACAAGUCUGUGUAUAUUUAUGACCUAGGAGGAAGGAGAGAAAUACUAAUUUAUGGAAUAAAUUUUAGAUGCAAAGAAAAACAUUUUAAUGGAAGCAAAAUCAACAAUGUCCUUUGCAAAGCAUGACACAUAGUUAAACCAGUCCAGACUCAGCUGACCAAACAGGCACUUUCCUGAACUUAUUCUUUUAAAUUUAUCAUUGUGUGCCAUUGUAUAAAAUUUUACAAUUAAAUAAGUUACAAAGCACAAUUAAGAAUGACCAGCUGUUAUUGUCUAUCCAUUGUUAAUGAAUAUACCAAAAAAAUGUGUCGGCCACAUUUUUUGUAAACAAUCAUAACUGUUAUUUAAUGUAUAUUCCACAUGUUGUCAAUAUCUAAUAUACUCUUACAACAUAAAACCUAUGUACUUUUCCUAAAACUGCAUAUUUAAGUACCAGCAAUGGUUAAAUUCUCUGAGUUCCUCAGUCACACAUUCUCAAUUGUUUGUGUUUUUCUAUUAAAAGAAAUUUAAGCCUGCAACAAGGUUAAAUGCCAUUUAUAGUGGGCUGUAUUUUUUUCAAACAGGAUUAAAUAUGCAAACUAAGAUUCAACAAUGAUUUAUUAGAUAAGUGAAAAUGCUGCAUAAUUGCAUUCUUCUUGCUUUUCUGAACUGAUGAGGCUUCACAUCGGGGUGAGAGCCUGUCUUAUUAAAUAUGCAUGCCUUUGCAUUCAUUGUCUAAGCUGCAAGACAUAAAUAAAUGAUUGUUAUCACAGUGUCUGGUUUUGCUACUCCUUUAACAUUGUUAGUUUACUAUGUUUGACAAUGAACCAAAAUGCUGUUUAACUAACAUGAUUAAAUGUGAGUAACAAGAAGCAAAUUAUAAUCUGUACAAAUCACAGAACAGUCUUGUAUGGUAU